GAUAAGGACUAUGACUCAACUCAGACACACACCAUGCAACCUUAUCCACUUGCUGUUUUCUGAAUAACGACAACCUAAGAUGCACCAAAAUCUAUACCAACUACCAUUCUCAUUCAUCUAAAUAACAACAAUUUUAACGGUUGAGAUUUUAUUUUUACUGAUUUUUGAAACCUUAAAUAAUCCAAAUCCAUACCCUUUUCAUUUUUCUGUUUUUUUUCUAACCUUCCCCUUUCAUGAACUGUUUUGAGCAAUCAUUGAAAAUCUUCAACUUCUAAGCAUACCCAAUUGCCUCAAACACUCAAGAUUCAUAAAUUGAAGAGAAAAGACAAGAACUUUGGUUUGAUUCAAGUUCAAGUCAAUUUUGGGUGCUAGCUAUUGUUUUCAGCAAGUUUCUCAUUUCUUCCAUAGAUAAGAAGACAUGUCAACAUCUGUGAAGAGAUUAGGAAAAUGGGUCUCUUUGGUUUCCAAGAGGGGUUUGUCCACCUCAUGCAUUCAGAAAGAUGUUAGUGAGAAUGGUGUUAAAUCAUUGAACCUGUAUUCUGCUAUUAAUCAGGCUCUUCAUAUUGCAUUGGACACUGAUCCUCGUGCUUAUGUUUUUGGAGAAGAUGUAGGCUUUGGUGGUGUGUUCCGUUGCACAACUGGAUUAGCAGAUCGAUUUGGUAAAAAUAGGGUUUUCAAUACUCCUCUCUGUGAGCAGGGUAUCGUUGGCUUUGGCAUUGGUCUAGCAGCUAUGGGAAAUCGAGCCAUAGCAGAAAUCCAGUUUGCAGAUUAUAUUUUUCCUGCUUUUGAUCAGAUUGUCAAUGAAGCUGCUAAAUUCAGAUACCGGAGUGGAAACCAAUUUAACUGCGGCGGUUUAACAAUUAGAACCCCUUAUGGAGCUGUUGGCCAUGGUGGACAUUACCACUCUCAAUCUCCCGAGGCUUUCUUCUGUCAUGUUCCUGGUAUCAAAGUGGUCAUCCCUCGAAGUCCAAAAGAAGCAAAAGGGUUAUUGUUAUCUUGCAUACGAGAUCCGAAUCCUAUUGUAUUUUUUGAACCAAAGUGGCUUUAUCGUUUGGCCGUUGAAGAAGUACCAGAGGAUGAUUACAUGACGCCUUUAUCUGAAGCUGAGGUGAUUCGGCAAGGAUGCGAUAUUACACUUGUUGGAUGGGGAGCUCAAUUAUCUAUAAUGGAACAAGCUUGCCUUGAUGCUGAAAAAGAGGGAAUUUCUUGUGAAUUGAUAGAUCUGAAGACACUAAUUCCUUGGGAUAAAGAAACUGUUGAGGCAUCAGUAAAGAAGACAGGAAGACUGCUUAUUAGUCAUGAAGCUCCAGUGACUGGAGGUUUUGGCGCAGAAAUCUCGGCUUCCAUUCUUGAACGCUGCUUCUCACGGUUAGAGGCACCUGUAGCAAGAGUUUGUGGUUUAGACACUCCUUUUCCUCUUGUUUUUGAACCCUUCUACAUGCCAACCAAGAAUAAGAUAUUGGAUGCAAUUAAAUCAACUGUCAACUACUGAUAUGCUUAAUCAUAUUUUUCUGGCUACCAAUAUCACCUUGAUGCCAUCAUCAUAAAUCAUCAUGUUACAGUCAGUGAUGCAUUGGUGUGAUGCAGACUACAUGGGAUAAAACUCAUUCAUCAUGGCUUUUUCUCCCAAUGUGAAUCAUAAAAUGUCAAUAAAAGAAUAAUGACCAUAUAUAAUGUAAUGUAAUACUUCUUUUACAAUGCCUUGUAUACUGAAAAUGGGAAGUGUUUCUAGACUUUAUGAAUCCUCUUAUAACAUAUGUCCUCUAUUGAUGAGUCCAAAAUUAUGGUGGGGAAAUGGAUCUAGUGUCCAUGUGGAAUUUUACAAUGUUUCUGAUAAUGAUAAUAAUGAUAAUGAUGAUGAU